CAGCUCCCCCGCAGCCCCGCGCCGUGGCGGAUGGAGGGGACGGGGCUGCGGGACACGAGCUUCAAUGUUCUGACUUGCUCUAAGAUGAAGGUAUGGAAGCGUGCAGCCAUUGCAUCGAUGCUCCUCAGUUCCGUGUUAUCCAUUUUAGUUUGUAGAGACAUGUUCAGCGGAAGCCGGGAAUUCAGCCCCUUGCCUUCCUCGCCGUCUUCCUCACGGGAUUCCUCCUCCUCCUCCUCUUCUUCCUCCUCCUCCUCCUCCUCCUCCUCCUCCUCGCUGCCGGCGGCUCCGCGGAGAUCCCCACGGGCCCUGCAACGCCACGGCUCUCUGCUGGCCCAGUACAGCGCCUUGCUGGAGAGCUACACGGAGGGCGAGAUCCGCCAGCUGAUCUCGGCGCUGGUGGAGCGCUACCGCCAGGCCAUGAACUCGGGCGGGCACGAGCUGCCGCUGUUCCCGCGCGCCGGCAGCCGCCGCAAACGCGCCCGUGCCCGCCACAAACCCUGCGAGCUGCGCCAGCUGGAGGUCAGCGUCAGCGAGCUGGGCCUGGGCUACGAGUCGGACGAGACCGUCCUGUUCCGCUACUGCAGCGGCACCUGCGAGGCCGCCGUGCGCAGCUACGACCUCUCCCUCAAGAGCAUGAGGAGCCGCAGAAAGAUCCGGAAGGAGAAGGUGCGGGCGCGGCCAUGCUGCAGGCCGCUGGCCUACGACGACGACGUGUCCUUCCUGGACGCCUACAACCGCUACUACACCGUCAACGAGCUGUCGGCCAAGGAGUGCGGCUGCGUGUGACGGGCCCACGCGGGCACAGGGGCCGGCACGGAAGCUGGAGCGGCCGGAGGAGGAGAGACUGAGCCGCUGGCGCGUCCCUCGGUGGCAGGACUAGAGACGUGGCCGCCGCCGCGGCGCAGGCGGUCGGAGCGGUGGCGGCGGCUUGAGGAUGUUGUCCCCUCUGCGGGUGGCCUGGCGGUCCCUGCUGAGGUGACAGUGGGUGUGCAGCGUGCACGGGGCGUGUCCAGCCCUCGGCGUGCACUGCGUGUCACAUGUGUCACGCGUGUCAUGCUACGCUACCUGCAGAGGGGGUGGUGCAGCGCAGGUGUCUCUGGCAUGAGGGACGCACAUGUGCCAGGGGUUCUGUGUCAGGGUGUGGCACAGGGGUGUGGCACAGGGGUGUGGCAUGUGCAGGGGGUGUUGUGAGCAGUGCUGGUGCUGUGUGUGUGGUACUGGACAGGGUGUGCUGCACACCUGGGAUGUGUUUUGGGGUGUGCUGCACACUCUGGGUGUGUUUUGGGGUGUGCUGCACACCUGGGAUGUGUUUUGGGGUGUGUUGCACACUCUGGGUGUGUUUUGGAUGUGCUGCACACUCUGGGUGUGUUUUGGGGUGUGCUGCACACUCCGGGUGUGUUUUGGGGUGUGCUGCACACUCUGGGUGUGUUUUGGGGUGUGUUGCACACUCUGGGUGUGUUUUGGGGUGUGCUGCACACUCUGGGUGUGUUUUGGGGUGUGCUGCACACGCUGGGUGUGUUUUGGAGGUGCUGCACACCUGGGGCAUGUUUUAGGGUGUGUUACAGGUUUGGGGUGCAUCAGGUGCCCUGUGCUGCCCCAGGGUGGGAGCUGAGUCCUUCUCUCUGUAGCUUUGGGGUUUUGUGACCACCCUGAGCUGCUGGGGGAGGUCCAAGCGCCCCAGAUCCCGGUGUCUGGGGACACAGCAAUGACAGCAGUGCUUUGCGUGUGGCUCUGACUCCCUCUGCCUUGUGCCCCCUUUGCCAUCGUCUCAUUCCUGCAGCCCUGGGGCUUUUCUUCUUAAAACUCGGGAUAAUCUGAAGUAACUGGAUUAACCUCCUGUGCCCCUGCCACGGGCAGCUGGGCCAGAGCCCUGCCACCACCAGGGAGGUGACAGAACCUCCCCAGGGCCACCAGCAGAGCCGGCACUCGGCGGCGUGGGCAGGAGCAACCCUGGUUUGGCAUCUCCCAAAAUCGCCCCGGGAGCAUCCCCUGGGCUCUGCUCGGGGCUGGAAUCCUGCGGGAGAGGGGACUCAGCCUGGCUGUGGCUCCGCUCGCAUUUACAGCAGUGUCACUGCUGUUUACUCUGCGGGGAAAUAAAUGAGCCCGCAGACUCUCACAUUCCCCGGGCAGGCUCGAGCUGUUGCCUGCGAUUGAUGGGUUUUCUCCCCUUGGCUCCCUUCCCAGAAAAAGCAAAUCAUAAACAGAAGGAGAAUAUUGGUGUCAUGUCCUGGGCAUUAACCAACGUGAGGGAAAACACUCCGUGUGCCACCCCCCGGCGUCCUGGCUCCUCUCUCCGGACAAACAGCGGGAAAAAUCCCUCGUGCCUUCAUCCCCAGGAGGAGGAGGAGGGCUGCUGUGGUGAUCCCAGCUCAGGGAUGGUGCUGCAGGAUUUUGGGGAAGCAUGGAUGGCAUCCCUUAGGCGGGGAGCAGCAUCUCCAGUGUUGGACCAGCCACAUUCCCGACCUCCGCACAGGCCCAGGCUGGUGGGGAAUUUUUUUCCCUUCCUUUUUAUCCAAACGCAGCUCUUGGCUGAGCAGAGCCAGGGUGUAGAGGAGGAAUAUAAACACCAUCCUUCAGCAGGGCUGGCGGCCCGGGAAGGCAGCCUGGACUCUGUAACACGGAGUUUUCCCUGGAUUUUGGGAAAGGCAGGAGGCGGCCGCGGGUGCGGGGUGUGAAACUGCACCCGGGAAAUGGGAACUGAGAGAGGAUAAACUCCACGCUCCAGGUGCAGCUCCCGAAGCAAGGUGUGAGUUUGCAGCCCUGGUUUUGGCUGGAAAUGGGAAAAGUGGCCCAAAAGAAUCAGCUGGAGGAUGGGAAUGGCAGGUGGGCAGCGGGAGCUGCGCUGGGCUCGCAGUGGACAAGCGGCUCACUCGAGUUUAAGAAAAAAAAAAGCACCCAAAUCUAAUAAUAAUAAUGAUAAUAAUAAUAACAACUGUUCUCUCAAGGGCUUGGGUGCUUUCCAGGUCUCGCUGCUAUAAAACUAAAAUUAGUUUUGUUGCAGUAAGACAAAAGGAAUGGAAGCAGAGCAGGGAAGGCAGGGGAGGUGGUGUGGAAGCUGUGCAGGGCCUGGCGCUGCAGAGGAGGAUCUGGAGCAGGAGCUGCCUCUGCUCAGUGUUUGCACUCUGCUUUGGGAUAUUUUUUGGCAGAAUCCAGGGAUUUAGGGUGCCUUGAUGGCGGGCACCCAGCCCAAGGGACCCUCCUCUCUCCAGGGUGGUGAUGGGAGCAGCAGGAAGACGAGGGGACAAGGGAGCAGCAGUUUGUGCUGGGACAUCUCCCAGCUGCCAAAAUCCCCCAUUCCCAGUGCAGAUCCAGCUUGGAGCCCCCAAAACUGAGAGGAAAACCUGACUCAAUGCAGUGGUGCGUUAAACCCAGCAGGAAUAGCUCCAAUCCAUCAUUUUUUGCUAUUUUUUGGGUUUUUUUGUUUUUAAUUUCCCCCUGCUGGCAGCUCCAGCCCAUGUGGAAGGGAUGUUCCCCAUCUGUCUCAUGCUGCUCCUGCUGGGUUUUUUUUUGGGAACAGCUGAGAUUUGCAGCCACAAACUCCCCGAUGGGGUGAGCUGGGGAAUCGUGGUGUGGCCAAAAGGAUGGAUUUUACUUCCACCCCUUUUUCAGGGCUCCUCCUCCUCGUGGAGCUCCUCCAGCUGUCCCGGUGCCAUCCCGCUGCCAGCCGGCACUGGAAACGUGGUUCCAAUAGAAAGGCUGAGGUUUCCCUAAUGCUUUCCAUUUCUCCAGCCCCUUCUGCUGUAAUAGGAGCUGGAGUUGUCCGGAAGAAUGUCUACAAUGCAAAAAAAAAAAGUGGAAAAUUCCCUCCUCAAAGCCACAGCAGAAUCUCAUCUGGCUCCUUCCUCAGCAUCCCCUGUGCUGGUUAAUAUUAAUAUUAAUAUUAAUAAUAAUAAUAAUAAUAAUAAUAAUAAUAAUAACCAGUGUGCAACAGCUGUUGAAGGGAUUUUGGGGUUGGGUUUUGGUUUGUCUGGGGCUGCAGCUCCUCCCAGGGAGCUCCUCUCUCAAGGAGAGGAGGGUUUGAAGAGCAAAGGUUUGGAAACACGAGGAGAUGUUUAAAUUUAUCCUGGUGGCUGUGACAGCGCAAAAUCCCAGGGCUGUGCUCUCCCAGGCCUGGCACGGUGAGUUCUGGGGUUUCCAGUGCCUUUUCCAUCAGAUCCACACAUCCCACAAAUCUCUCGGGAUCCCGUUCGCUCCCAGGGUCUCGCUCCCAAUUUGGGAUCCACGGGGGGAAAUGGGUCCGACGUCGUUUCCACUCGAUGGGAGCGCUGGCACAGGGGAUGCUCUGGGUUUAAACAGCUCCAGGAUCCUGCUGGGAGGAAGGAUUUUCCCAAUUUAUCAAGAGAAAUGGUAUUUUGGUGGGAUCCAGAGCCCGUGGUAAAUUGGGAACGGGGCUGCCACGUGUUUUCCUUAUGGGCUGAACAAAGCGUGGCCUCGAAGGGGAGGCUCGAGAGAAAGGGGAAGAAAAGGGGAAAAGGAAAUAAAAGGAAAAGGAGGAAA